AUGGAAGAAUCAACCCAUUCCCCUUCGUUGCCAAUUCUUCUUGGCCGCCCCUUUAUGAAAACCGCCCGCACAAAGAUUGAUGUGUUUAAUGGGACUUUGACCAUGGAAUUUGGUGGGGAAGUUAUUAAUUUCAAUCUUUCUGAAUCUAUCAAGUACCCUCUUGAUGAUCAUUCAUGUUUUGCUAUUGAUGUAAUUGAUUCGUUGGCGCAGGACCAUUUUAAACAAUUGAACGAAGAUGCACUUGAAUGGGUCAUUACAAGAGGAAUGGAACUCAAAGACAAGGAAGUAGGGCCAUUGACUACCCACAGCAUGCAUGGAGAAUACCAUGCCGUGGCCCCUAGUGUUGAUAUGAUUGAGAUAGUGGAUGCCCUUGAGUCAUUGCCACUACAAUCUGGUAAGUCCUCAAACCCAAUUUCAAUUCCAAUUUCGACUAAUAAGCCCAUUCCUUCAGUUGUGCAGCCACCUUCCCUUGAACAUAAACCAUUGCCAAGCCAUUUAAAGUAUGUGUUCUUGGGAGACCAAGAGACCUUGCCCGUCAUUAUAUCCUCCUCACUCACAGCACAAGAAGAAGAUAGUUGGUGGGUGUCUUCGGUGCAAUGUGUUCCAAAGAAGUCCGGAGUAACUGUGGUGACAAAUGCCGGAAAUGAGCUUGUUCCUACUCGAAUCCAAACAUGUUAUAAUCAAAUUGUGAUAACUCCGGAAGAUCAAGAGAAAACCACUUUCACAUGCCUCUUUGCUUUAAAGUACUUGUUCACCAAGAAGGAAGCCAAACCACGGCUAAUUCGAUGGAUGCUACUUCUUCAAGAGUUUGACAUCGAAAUCAAGGACAAAAAGGGAAGUGAAAAUGUGGUGGCUGACCACCUAAGCCGUAUGAUACAUGAGGAGGAACCGUACCUUAUUGUAGAAACCUUCCCCGACGAGCAAUUGCUAUCCAUUAAGCUUAAACCAGUGCCCGAUCAUUUAAAGUACGUCUUUCUGGGAGACAACGAGACAUUGCCCGUCAUUGUCUCCUCAUCACUCACGGCCCAAGAAGAAGACAAGUUGAUAAGGGUGUUAAAGGAGCACAAAUCUGCCAUUGGAUGGACCUUGGCGGAUAUCAAAGGCAUUAGUCCCACCACGUGCAUGCAUCGCAUCCUUUUGGAGGAGGGAGCCAAGCCAUCUCGUGAAGCUCAACGUCGCCUUAAUCCACCCAUGUUGGAAGUAAAGUCCGGAGUCACGGUGGUGAAGAAUGAAGAACAAGAGCUUGUGCCAACCCGUAUCCAAACAGGUUGGCGUGUCUGUAUUGAUUACAGGAAGCUAAAUACUGCAACAAGGAAAGAUCACUUCCCUUUGCCAUUCAUUGAUCAAAUGCUUGAAAGGUUAGCCGGUCAUUCUUUUUAUUGCUUUCUUGAUGGUUAUUCGGGAUAUAAUCAAAUUGUCAUAGCGCCAAAUGAUCAAGAAAAAACUACCUUUACUUGUCCAUUUGGUACUUUUGCAUAUCGUCGUAUGCCAUUUGGUUUAUGCAAUGCACCAGCCACUUUUCAACGAUGCAUGAUAAGUAUAUUCUCAGAUUAUGUUGAAAAGAUAAUUGAAGUAUUUAUGGAUGAUUUUAGUGUCUUCGGGGACUCAUUUGAUGAUUGCUUGCAUAAUCUUACUUUAAUCCUGAAAAGAUGCGUGGAAACUAACCUUGUUUUAAAUUGGGAAAAAUGUCAUUUUAUGGUUAAACAAGGCAUAGUUUUGGGUCAUAUCAUCUCUGAAAAAGGAAUUGAAGUUGAUAAGUCUAAAAUAGAUCUUGUACGUUACUUACCCUCUCCUACUUCUGUUAGAGAGGUUCGUUCUUUCCUUGGCCAUGCAGGAUUCUAUAGGCGAUUUAUCAAAGAUUUCUCCAAGAUUGCACAACCCUUAUGCCGUCUCCUGCAGAAAGAAGUGACGUUUGAGUUCAACGAGGAGUGUGAGAAGGCAUUCAAGCUUCUCAAGAACAAGCUUACCACGGCACCUAUCAUCCUUCCACCUGAUUGGACGUUGCCUUUCGAGCUCAUGUGUGAUGCAUCCGAUUAUGCAAUAGGGGCUGUUUUGGGUCAAAGGAAGAAUAAGCAAUCCCACGCCAUCUAUUAUGCUUCUAGGACACUAAAUGAUGCUCAAUUAAAUUAUUCAACCACUGAGAAAGAAUUACUUGCUGUGGUUUUUGCAUUAGAUAAGUUCCGAUCUUACUUACUUGGUACUAAAGUUGUUAUUUUUACUGAUCAUGCAGCUCUCAAAUAUUUGCUCACGAAAAAGGAGGCCAAGCCUAGAUUGAUUCGAUGGAUGUUGCUUCUACAAGAGUUUGACAUUGAGAUUCGGGAUAAGAAAGGCGUGGAGAAUGUGGUGGCUGACCACCUAAGUCGAAUGGUACAUGAGGAAGUAGCGCCAAUUUCUGAAACCUUUCCCGAUGAGCAAUUAAUGUCUAUCCAGGUAAGUGAGCCUUGGUAUGCUGAUUUGGUUAAUUUUCUGGUGUCUAAGCAAGUU